AUGGAUCCAUCUUCCUCCACGCCCUUGGACUCUUCUUCUUCUUCAGCGGCACUACCAUCACCAUCAACAUCAAACCAAAAUGGUAAAAACCGAGAAGUGAACCCCGGCAUGAUUAUCGGGCCGGAUGGGAAGCCAUGUAAAGUGUGUAGCGGGUUUCAAGCGUGGACGAAGCAAGCCAAGCGGGAGAUCAACAAGCAAGACGAAGGGAAGAGGGUUAGCGAAGUUGUGGCCGAGGGAGGAGACGACAGGACGGGGCGAACGAUAGUGGAGGAGCGGGCGGACUGUCCGGCGGAUUCUAGCCGCUUAGGCCGACACACCUGGACCUUACUGCACACCAUCGGGGCCUACUAUCCCGUCGAGCGGCCGAGCAAGACCCAGCAAGACUCCGUCCGCCAACUCAUCACCUCCCUUGCUACCAUCUAUCCCUGUCAACCUUGCGCCUCUCAUCUCCAGGACUAUCUCUCCCGCUUCCCGCCUCAAAUCGAUAAUCGCUCCCAGCUCGAACGUUGGCUCUGUGAGGCCCAUAAUGACGUCAAUCAACGCUUGGGCAAAGAGCUCUUCGAUUGUAGCCAAGUUUCUAAACGCUGGAGAGAUGGUUGGGAUGACGGUCAUUGCGAUUAG